AUGCACCUGUUUGCCUCGACCCUCGAGUGUCUGUACACGUUUGGUGUCGGCACCAGGUAUCGCGUCGAGAAGGCCUCUCACUUGGCGGCGGCCUUGAAUCAGCUGCAGUCGACUCUUCUUCUUCUGCACGCGUGCCCGCGAGAAGGCGGGCUGAAAACAGAGGUGUGCAAAAUUACUGCAAAAGCGUACCUCGAUAUGGCGAUGCUUUAUCAUCAGUGCAACAAACUGGAUGAGGCGGCUGACGCUUAUCAGCGAGCUCUGAGCUUUUUUUCCGAGCGGGUGUUUCAGCCUGAGAACGUCUCGCAAAACGAAAACGAUGGCACUCAGACAAAAAGAGAGGCAGACGGCGCCUCUGUCUCGCCUGCGUUCGCCCUCGACAUCGCAAACUGUCUCUCCUGCUUGGGUGUCGUCGAGACCGAUCGCCAGAAUGCCGCAAAGGCAGUGGAAUAUCUCCAAAAAGCAAUGCUGUGGAAAGUGAGCCUGGUGAACAACUUGCCUCUCGCUCCUCUGUUGAAGGAUCUGGCCGAAGGCUCAAAGCUAGGAGCUGCGUCUUCUUCCCGUUCGACAGACGAGGCGCGUGCAGAAACGCCAGCCAUGGAGAUUCCUCUCGAGCCUGAGGGUCUGUUUUUCGAUACCAUGAACAGCUUGGGCGGCAUCUAUUUGCGACAAGGGAAAGUGCAGGAAAGCGCCGCCGUGCUGCGCUUCGCUGUCGAGUCAGAGAGGAGCGAGCAAGACGCGGGAAGGCCGAGAAACGGAGAAACGCGAGGCCAGGACUCAGAAAACAGAAACGAAGGAGUUGAGUGCCAGAGCAGCGAGCCCCAAGGUGUGGCUCACAACCCGCCCAGAACGAAGGCAAGGAGUGGAGCGGAAGGCAUGUUGCCCUACGGGACGAUUGUUUUCUACAAUCUAAGUCAAAGUCUCCUCGCACUCGGACAGCCCGCGGAAGCGCGAGAGGCUCUGGAGAAGGCAGAAGCUCUCGCGCAGCUGAGCAAGAAGCCCGACCUCGAAGGACGCGUCGCUGCACUCAAAGCUAGUUUUUCUUCUUCCACUUGUUCCUCCUCGGGGCAGUGA